CCUUUCUUUGACUUUGGUGAACGAAUUAGUCAUUAUACGAGACGCUUAACAGCAUCCAGAGGUACUGUGUGUUAUUUCGUCAAAUUACCUAAAAGUGAUCAGAAUUUGAGGAUAGCUGAAGUUGAAAAGAGAAGAGUAAAUACAAAAAACUUAAAAAUGGCAUUAAACAAACUCAGUAUAGAUAAAGUGGAUCUCGCUAACAAAAGGGUUCUUAUGCGAGUGGAUUUCAAUGUACCACUUAAAGAAGGAAAAAUAACAAACAAUCAAAGAAUCGUUGCUGCUUUAGAUUCAAUAAAAUAUGCGCUUGAUAAGAAAGCAAAAUCAGUUGUUUUGAUGUCCCACUUGGGCCGUCCAGAUGGGAAAAAGAAUCUAAAAUUUACAUUAAAACCUGUUGCGGAGGAAUUAAAAAAACUUCUAGGAAAAGAUGUGCAAUUUUUGGAUGACUGUGUCGGUCCAGAUGUUGAAGCAGCAUGUGCUAAUCCAGCAAGUGGAACAAUUAUUUUGUUAGAAAAUUUAAGAUUCUAUAUUGAAGAAGAAGGAAAAGGAGUUGAUGCAGAUGGAAACAAAAUAAAAGCUGACAAAGAUAAAGUUACGAAGUUUAGAGAGUCUUUAAGAAAGUUAGGAGAUGUUUAUAUAAACGAUGCUUUUGGAACUGCCCAUCGUGCUCAUAGUUCUAUGAUGGGAGAUAACUUUGAUAUUAGAGCUAGUGGUUUUCUUCUCAAAAAAGAAUUGGAAUACUUUGCCAAAGCUUUGGACAAUCCAGAACGUCCAUUCUUAGCAAUCUUAGGAGGAGCAAAAAUUGCUGAUAAAAUCCAAUUAAUUAAUAACUUGUUAGACAAAGUUAAUGAAAUGAUUAUAGGAGGAGGAAUGGCCUAUACAUUUUUAAAAAUUUCAAAGAAUAUGAAAAUUGGUAGCUCUUUGUUUGAUGAAGAGGGUGCAAAAAUUGUAAAUGAUUUAUUGGAAAAGGCAAAAAAAAAUAAUGUUCAAAUUCACUUGCCAUUGGACUUUGUAACGGCAGAUAAAUUCGCAGAAAAUGCGGCUGUAGGUGAAGCUACUGUCGAAAGUGGUAUACCUGAUGGUUGGAUGGGUUUGGAUGUUGGUCCAAAGUCUAGAGAAUUAUUUGCAGAACCAAUUAAAAGGGCAAAAGUAAUAGUAUGGAAUGGACCAGCUGGAGUAUUUGAGUUUGAUAACUUUAGUAAAGGAACAAAGAGUAUAAUGGAUAAUGUUGUAGCAGCUACUGCUCGUGGUACAGUUACUAUUAUAGGUGGUGGUGAUACAGCAACUUGUGCUGCUAAAUGGAAAACCGAAGACAAAGUGAGUCAUGUAAGCACAGGUGGUGGUGCAAGUUUAGAACUACUUGAAGGAAAACUAUUGCCUGGUGUGGCUGCACUCUCUCCAUCUUGAAAUAUUAUUGACAAAAAGAUAUAAAUAUAUAUACUAGUUCGAAUUAAAAUUAUAUAUUGCUUGAUAAUGUAUGUAAUCUAAUAUAAACACAACUAGAAUUA